AUGUCAUCCUCGUUCUCACUUGAUAAGAUCAAUCCGAAAUUAUUAAGAAGGAUCUACCGUGCAUGUAGACCAACCAAUGACGAACCUAACCUUGCCUUAAAUCUUGAAAUCUGUGACUAUGUCAAUGCCAAAAAAGGAUCAGCACCCCGUGAAGCAGCAAUUACAGUAGUGAAAUUGAUUGCUCAACGUGAUCCACAAACUUCAGAAUUGGCAAUUUCAUUAUUAGAUAAUUUAGUUAAGAAUUGUGGAUAUCCUUUCCAUUUACAAAUUUCUCGUAAAGAAUUUCUUAAUGAGUUAGUUAAAAGAUUCCCGGAAAGACCUCCAAUGAGAUAUACUCGUGUUCAAAGAUUGAUUUUGGCUCAAAUUGAAGAAUGGUAUCAAACUAUUUGUCGUACUUCCAAAUAUAAGGAAGAUUUCCAAUAUAUUAAGGAUAUGCAUAGAUUAUUAACUCGUAAAGGAUAUGUUUUCCCAGAAGUUAAGGUGGAAGAUGUAGCUGUUUUGAAUCCUUCUGAUAAUUUGAAAUCAUUAGAAGAGAUUCAAGAAGAAGAAGCUAUUGUUCAAUCGGCAAAAUUACAAGAAUUAAUCCGUCGAGGCAGACCACAAGAUUUACAAGAAGCUAAUAAAUUGAUGAAAAUUAUGGCUGGUUUCAAGGACGACAAUUUGAAAGAAAAUAAGAAACAGCUUCAUGACGAUAUUGUAAGAUUGACCAGAAAGGCUGAAAUUUUGGCCGAAAUGUUAGCUUCAAUUGAAGCCCAAGGUGGUAAGAUUGAUAGUGAUUCUAGUGAGGCCGUAGUUGAGUUAUACUCUUCCAUCAAGAGUGCCCAACCUAUUAUUAACAAAAUCAUUGAAGAAGAAGGUGAUAAUGAAGAACAAGUACAUAACUUGUUACAAUUAAAUGAUGAUGUGAAUAACUUGGUUAAUAAAUAUCAAUUGUUAAAGGGUGGUAAAGUUAGUGAAGCAAGCCAAAUCAAGGUUGGAGCUCUUCCAGAACAAGAGAUGAAUUUAAUAGACUUUGAUGAUGAACCUGAAGAUGUUGUAAACGCUACCAACAAUGAACAAGGUUUCACCGACUUAUUGAGCGAUUUAUCGAACUUGGCAUUCACUGAUAAUACCAACAGUUCAUCAAACAUCAAUCCACUUAAUUUGUAUGGUGCUGGAGGAUCUAUUUCUUUAGGGAACACUUCUAGUGCAAUCCCUUCAAGUUCACAUACUCCAUUGUCGCAACCAGUCCCAAGUUCGAAUUUACCAAAAGUUACACCAUCUACUUCUCAAGGAAAUACAAUUGAUCUUUUGGGAGAUUUUGGUACUCCUUCACCAAAGUUACAGUCUAACACAGUCCAACAAUCAAACGCUUUAGAUCCAUUUGGAUUAAAUUUCCCACAAACUACUCCGAACCCAGUUCAAACUCCAUUAGGUUACACCAAGAUUAUUCCAAUUACUCAAUCUGAAAAUUUGAAAAUUGAAGUUGGCGCAAAUCAAUCUGAUGCUAAUUCAUUCAGAGGAAGAAUUUUAUUCAGUAAUUUAUCAGCACCUACAAUUUCUCAAUUGAAAUUUUUAAUUGCAGUACCAAAGACUUGUAAAUUAGAUUUAAAACCACAAUCUAGUGAUAUGAUAUUAGGUUUCAAUAAUCAUGGAGCUACUCAGGAUUUUGUGAUUGAUAAUCCAAAUCUGAAACAAUUGAAGAUUAAAUGGAAAGCUGAAUAUAAAGUGGAUGGAAAUUCAAAGGAAGAUACCGGGGUUAGUGUUUUAGAAUAG